CUCCCAGCAGCCGCCUGCCAGCUCCUCGCAGCUGCAUCAGGAGACGUCAGUCACGCCCGGGAAGGCUGUUCGAAUACGCCUCCCAGAGAAAAUAGCUCAAGUGAAUAAUUGAUGGAGAUUGAUCCGCCCAGGACAAAGCUUGCAGAAAACCAGCGCAUCCGAUUUCGAGCGGUUUUGGAAUCCUCUGCCAAGUACAGGAUAUGGGAGCGAAGCAAGGACUUGGAGCGCAGCUACAGAUCUUCCAUCUCGGGUGUGGCUCCGGCCUUUUUGUCUUCUAGCCACCUCCCCUGUCACCCGCUCCUACCCCCACCCCGGCCCGUCCCCGCCUUCUUCUCUUCCCUAUGAAAGUAGCCUCUCUUUGGUUACUUCUACCCUAUCCUCCCUUGCAGUCCCGCCCUCUCCCCUGCCCAGUCCGGUGAGGUCAGCUCAUGAAUAUCAGUGCACUUCCUGAGGAGCGUCUGGCACCGCUUGGUACCUCGCGUGUUCGCCGGCUUGGAGACGCAGCUCAGCCGAGUCGCGGACCCCGGGAAGUAACCGGCUCUGGGGGCCGCCGAGCCUGCACGUUAACGCCAUUGUCUGGAGAAAUCGAGUGGGUGUGGAACUAAGGCGAGAGGGCCCAAAGUCGUGCUCAGCCAAAAAGUGGCACAUAAUUCUACGAAGUUAAACUUUCCUUGUCUUUAAAAGACGUAAAAAUAAACCCUGAGGUCGCCGGAGGAUCAGAAGGAAAACGCUGUUGAUGCAACUUCGAAACAUCGCGUCUGCAGAGAAAUUAGAAAGGAAGGUUGGCGGAUUUGAGAAGGGAAAAGAAUGAUCUGGUGAUGAACCAUUCUAAUCUCAUCUGGUAGAUUCUUUCCAGACCGCUAUGAGUCAGCCACCGAUGGGGGGCGCUGCCCCCGCCACAGCAACAGCUUCUGCAGCCACUUCUGCCACUGAGGCUCGACUGCACCCAGAGGGCAGCAGCAGAAAACAGCAGCGUGCUCAAUCACCUGCCAGACUAAGGGACAAUUCGGUCCGACAGACAACCGCGACCACCCGGUCCCCCGUGGGGGCCGGCACUAAACUCAAUUCUGUUCGACAGCAGCAGCUGCAGCAGCAGCAGCAGGGCAACAAGACCGGGAGCCGCUCGGUGCCUCCGAUCAGCGCCCGAGGAGGCGGAGGCGGGGCGGAGAAGGCUGCGCCCCUGGCGCCCAAAGGGGCCGCGCCGGGAGCUGUCCAUCUCGCGGCUGGUGCUGAAGCGGCCCCUGCGGCGACCCUGGCCCCCGUGGGCGGCAGGAGGCCUGGCCCGUCGGAGGAGCCAUCCCGGGAGCUAGAGCCGGUGUCCGCUAAACUCGGGGAACCCCCUCCGCUCGGGGAAGGAGGAGGAGGGGGUGGGGAAGGAGGAGGAGCCGGCGGUGGCUCCGGGGAAAGGGAGGGGGGCGCUCCGCAGCCGCCGCCGCCGCCCAGGGGCUGGCGAGGGAAAGGCGUACGCGCUCAGCAGAGGGGCAGCAGCGGCGGGGAGGGGGCCUCCCCUUCACCAUCCUCUGCGGGCAAAACCCCAGGCCCCGGCAGCAGAAACUCCGGAAGCGGUGUUGUGGGAAGCGGGAGCGGUGGCGGAGGGAGCUACUGGAAGGAAGGAUGUCUGCAGUCUGAGCUCAUCCAGUUCCACCUCAAGAAAGAGCGGGCGGCAGCGGCGGCGGCCGCGGCUCAGAUGCACACUAAGAACGGCGGCGGCAGCAGCCGCAGCUCCCCGGUCGCUGGCGCCCCUGCCAUCUGCGAGCCUCUCGCAAUCCCUUCAGUCUCCCCAAUGGCGGCGGCAGCGGAGGGCCCCCAGCAGAGCGCUGAGGGCAGCGCGAGUGGAGGGGGCAUGCAGGCGGCGGCGCCUCCUUCGUCGCAGCCGCACCCGCAGCAGCUCCAGGAGCAGGAAGAAAUGCAGGAGGAGAUGGAGAAACUGCGAGAGGAAAACGAGACUCUCAAGAACGAGAUUGAUGAGCUGAGGACCGAGAUGGACGAGAUGAGGGACACUUUCUUCGAGGAGGAUGCCUGUCAACUGCAGGAAAUGCGCCACGAGUUGGAGAGAGCCAACAAAAACUGCCGGAUCCUGCAGUACCGCCUCCGCAAAGCCGAGCGCAAAAGGCUCCGCUACGCACAGACUGGGGAAAUCGACGGGGAGCUGUUGCGCAGCCUGGAGCAGGAUCUCAAGGUUGCAAAGGAUGUAUCUGUCAGACUUCACCACGAAUUGGAAAAUGUGGAAGAAAAGCGAACAACAACAGAAGACGAAAAUGAAAAACUGAGGCAACAGCUUAUAGAAGUUGAGAUCGCAAAGCAAGCUUUACAGAAUGAACUGGAAAAAAUGAAGGAGCUAUCCUUAAAAAGAAGAGGAAGCAAAGAUCUGCCAAAAUCUGAAAAAAAGACUCAACAGACUCCCACAGAGGAGGACAGUGAGGAUCUGAAAUGCCAGCUGCAGUUCGCGAAGGAAGAAGCUGCUCUGAUGAGGAAGAAGAUGGCCAAGAUCGACAAAGAGAAGGACCGAUUCGAACACGAGCUUCAGAAGUACAGAUCCUUUUAUGGGGAUCUGGACAGUCCUUUGCCCAAAGGAGAAGCCGGGGGGCCUCCCAGCACCAGGGAGGCUGAGCUCAAGCUGCGGCUGAGGCUCGUGGAGGAAGAAGCCAACAUCCUGGGCAGGAAGAUCGUGGAACUGGAGGUGGAGAACAGAGGCCUGAAGGCAGAACUCGACGACCUGAGAGGGGACGACUUCAACGGCUCGGCCAACCCGCUCAUGAGGGAGCAGAGCGAAUCCCUGUCAGAGCUGCGGCAGCACCUGCAGCUGGUGGAGGAUGAGACGGAGCUGCUGCGGCGGAACGUGGCGGACCUGGAGGAGCAGAACAAGCGCAUCACGGCGGAGCUCAACAAGUACAAGUACAAGUCGGGCGGCCACGAGAGCGCGCGACACCACGACAGCGCCAAGACCGAGGCCCUGCAAGAGGAGCUGAAGGCGGCGCGCCUGCAGAUCAACGAGCUCAGCGGCAAGGUCAUGCAGCUGCAGUACGAGAACCGCGUGCUUAUGUCCAACAUGCAGCGCUACGACCUGGCCUCGCACCUGGGCAUCCGCGGCAGCCCGCGCGACAGCGACGCCGAGAGCGACGCGGGCAAGAAGGAGAGCGACGACGACUCGCGGCCGCCUCACCGCAAGCGCGAGGGGCCCAUCGGCGGCGAGAGCGACUCGGAGGAGGUGCGGAACAUCCGCUGCCUGACGCCCACCCGCUCCUUCUACCCCGCGCCCGGGCCCUGGCCCAAGAGCUUCUCCGACCGGCAGCAGAUGAAGGACAUCCGCUCGGAGGCCGAGCGCCUGGGCAAGACCAUCGACCGGCUCAUCGCCGACACUAGCACCAUCAUCACCGAGGCGCGCAUCUACGUGGCCAACGGGGACCUGUUCGGACUGAUGGAUGAGGAGGACGACGGCAGCCGCAUCCGGGAGCACGAGCUGCUCUACCGCAUCAACGCGCAGAUGAAAGCCUUCCGCAAGGAGCUGCAGACCUUCAUCGACCGCCUCGAGGUGCCCAAGUCUGCGGACGACCGCGGCGCCGAGGAGCCCAUAUCCGUGAGUCAGGUACAGUUCUGCCUAUUGCGAGCCACGGCGAUGGCCAGGUUGGUCCGCGGAUUCGUGCUCCCCGCUGGGGCGUCUCCGCGCACCGACCUCCACGCCCCGCUUCAGGGUCCCCGCGCAGAGCCUCACUGGGCUUCGUAGCCCCACAGCACACGUGUUCUCUCACACUGUCCUUCUUCAGGCCUCGGGUUUUCGGAACCCGCUUGGUAACUCCCUCCCCUCUGUUUCGGUUAAAAAGGAAAUUUACACACAUCCCCACCAUCAGUUUUUGUGUAAAGAUUAAAGGAUCUUAAACAUAUAUUAUUAUGUGUCGAUAUGUUCAGUAUUACUCGACCGAUUCUGAUGGAUCAGGCUGUAAGAAGAUCCCAAAUGGGAAUCUUUAAUUAUGUAUUUGCAGGUUUUGAACCAAGAUUGAAACUGAGUUUAAAAAGGUGGUUUGAUUACUAAGUAUCCAGGAUUAUUGUGUAACUACUGGCAAGUGUACAAGCCAACAGUGAAGAGAGGAUACAGUGUCUAGAUCCCUACCAAAAGGAACAAAUAGAAGUCACUCCUUUACAAGUGGAAGUAACAGGAUCGUUAUUUCUAGGGGGGAAAAAAAAUCACUGCCAUCUCUCUAUGUCAAAACUGGGGAAGGAGUGUUAUACUUUAACUUUAAUCCAACACUGAUUCAGAGAAAUAGUAAUAACUAUUCCCGAACAGGGAAAACCAGCAUUUUUCCUUCAUCCUAAUUUGUAGAGGCACAACUGAUGAAUUGGACUGAGCUGCUCUAGCCAGGUAUGGUGGCCAAAGACCCAUGCAUUUUGUCAGAAUUAACCACAUAAGAGAGAAUUUGUAAAAACACAGCAGGCAGCGCUACCUCUCUGGCAAGCCUCCUGUCCUGUAUCCAUUGGAGAACACACGGAAGUACAACAGCGUGCAUGGCUUUUAAGACACGCAAGAGAUUUAAAUUUAAAGAUCACUGUAUACACAGAAGCAUGAUAUUAAAUUAACUGCCUGUUAGUCACAACUAGAAAAAUCGCAACCCUAUUGCUUAUUUACCUUGCAUGUUGCUCUGCUUUGUUAUGAAAAAAAAAAGUUUUGCGAUAAAACUUGUUGAAUUUUGAAAUAUUAAGGCUUAUUGUUUCUCAAAUGUCAAAUGGUUGGCUUUCGGUUUCCUUGUAGCAGAUUUUUGAAUACUUGAAGCAUGUGGGUUUUCAAUUAUACCAUCAGGGAAAAAAAUAGAAAUCAGAGUGAGAGAAAGAACUGUGUGUAUUAAUAGGUUUCAGAUUUUGUAAAUGCAGGCUUAAGGGAGGGUUCUUCUUCAUCUUAAAUUGAAUGAAUGCUUAGAUUAGUUAAUAUGAAUUUAAGUUUUAAAAAUUAUUAUUAAUUAACUCUUCUCUUUGUCUCUGCAUUUACCU